AUGGCUGACAAGGGUCUUGAGGAUCUUGCCGAGGGGCAGAUCGAGUCUAACUACGAUGAGGUUACCGACUCCUUCGACGCUAUGGACUUGAAGCCCGAGCUGCUUCGCGGUGUCUACGCUUACGGUUUCGAGCGUCCUUCCGCCAUUCAGCAGCGUGCCAUCAUGCCCAUCAUCAAGGGUAACGAUGUUAUCGCCCAGGCUCAGUCCGGUACCGGUAAGACCGCUACCUUCUCCAUCUCCGCCCUGCAGAAGAUCGAUCCCGAGGUCAAGGCCUGCCAGGCCCUGAUCCUUGCUCCCACCCGUGAGUUGGCUCAGCAGAUCCAGAAGGUCGUUGUUGCCAUUGGUGACUUCAUGUCCCUUGACUGCCACGCCUGUAUCGGUGGUACCAACGUCCGUGAGGAUAUGAACGCUCUCCGCGCCGGUCCCCAGGUCGUCGUCGGUACCCCCGGCCGUGUCCACGACAUGAUUCAGCGCCGUGUUCUGUCCACCACUGCCAUGAAGCUCUUCAUCCUCGACGAGGCCGAUGAGAUGCUUUCACGUGGUUUCACCGAGCAGAUCUACGACAUCUUCCAGCUGCUUCCCCAGUCUACCCAGGUCACUCUGCUCUCCGCUACCAUGCCCCAGGACGUCCUUGAGGUCACCACCAAGUUCAUGCGCGACCCCGUCCGUAUCCUUGUCAAGAAGCAGGAACUCACCCUUGAGGGUAUCAAGCAGUUCUACAUUGCUGUUGAGAAGGAGGAGUGGAAGCUCGACACCCUCUCCGAUCUCUACGAGACCGUCACCAUUACCCAGGCUGUCAUCUUCUGCAACACCCGCCGAAAGGUCGACUGGCUCACCGACAAGCUCACUGCCCGUGAUUUCACCGUCUCCGCUAUGCACGGUGACAUGGAGCAGGGCCAGCGUGAUGUUAUCAUGAAGGAGUUCCGUUCCGGUUCUUCCCGUGUCUUGAUCGCCACUGAUCUUUUGGCCCGUGGUAUCGAUGUCCAGCAGGUUUCCCUGGUCAUCAACUACGAUCUUCCCGCCAACCGCGAGAACUACAUUCACCGUAUCGGUCGUGGUGGUCGUUUCGGUCGUAAGGGUGUUGCCAUCAACUUCGUCACCGCCGACGAUGUUCGCAUGCUCCGCGAGAUCGAGCAGUUCUACUCCACCCAGGUUGAGGAGAUGCCCAUGAACGUGGCUGACCUCAUCUAA